ACAAAAUGGCGCCUAAUCCGAAACCACCCGAGCCUUACCUGACAGGGAGAACCUCAGCCCUUAAAGUGGAGGAGAUUGUUAACAUUCUGAGGAGUCCAGAUGAGAGCAAUACCAUCCAGACUGCCCCCGUCACACCCCAGGGAGGGGAGGUGUACCUCUAUAAGAUAACCUCGGGAAUGAGAGAAGAUAUCUGGAAGGAUGACAAAUAUCACUUCAGAAGUGAUGGAACUCGGAAGCAGCCUGGCUCAAGUCCAGUCAUAGUGAAGCAGUACCACAAGGCUAACACCGAGGACAAGACAACAACAAGGGCCUUUGUCAGAGAAGCAUCGUAUCUGUACAACCAGCCUCUGAAACACGUUCUAAUGCAAUAUAUCGGGGACCACACACAAGCACAGCCUGCUCCCCAACGCAAGAAGCGUGGCCAACAGACAGUUAAUACCUCAGGUGACAGUAAAUGUAGGAAAGUAGAAUCAACUGGUGGAGCUGUGCAGUCAGGUGUCACGGAGAACACUAACUCCAACCUGGACCCUGAAGAUCAUUCAUCACCGACAGAAUUGGAAGACAAUGGUAAAUCAAACAGUAUUCUAGGUGUAACAUUGAAUGGAGCAAAGGUGUCAGAGACUGAAACAAAGAAUGAUCACGACACAAAUCAGAAACGCUGCAGGACAGGAGAUCAUAGAAGUGAUGAUGACAUUGAAUAUUUGGGUACAACGUCAGGCUCCCCUGUCAAGAAACCUCGUUUGCACCCUCAAGUUGAAAAUGACAACACAGUUUUAACCUUUGUCAAUAACACACACUAUUCUUAUCUGUACACUUUUCUAGAAGAAGUAGAAAGAAAUCGUGAUGUGAUAAAGGUCGUGCAACAAGUCCUAGCAUUAUCUAGGUGCUGGAACAAGGACUGUACCAACAAAGGCAAUCCGUGCUUCUCACUCAUUGAAGAGGUUGACAAAAACUGGAAUCUAGAUUCAAUAAAAGCAAGGAACUUGGUUAAAUGUGCUGUUAAUACUGACGGUCUGAGCUGGAACCAAGACCGGUCAGUUUACAUAAACCUCAUCGCAGCAGUACUUGUUGGAGCAUGCCAUACCAGGACUGAAGUACAGGACUUUGUGAAAACACUGAAGGAUCCUCCUUCACACCUGCAGCAUGUACAAGAGGACGUCCCCCUGUCACGUGAAUGUACAUACACAGUUGGCUGCUACACCAUCAGAGGAGAUGUUCUGUCUCGCCUGGAAACCAACGAGUGGCUGACAGAUGAAAUCAUGGACACAUACCUGCACCUCCUGGAGGGAGAGUGGUGUUCCCGUGUCAGCUUCCACUGUCUGGUGCUGCCUACAGAGACAAUCCUACUGUGGGAGGCAGGACAGUACACAGACAGAAUAAGGGGGAAAGAUGAAAAUUUGACAAACUACACGUGGAUCUUAAUGCCAGUGAACAUGCCACGUAAUCAACAUUGGGUGCUACUGGUGGCUAAUGUCAAGGAUGGAACAGUGGGCGUGGUUAAUUCUAAACCCUCCUUAGAUGUGGAGGACAAAGUUGUAGAACACUGGAGGCUCUUUGUAAACCACUUGAAAUCUACGUCUAAGGAAUGGAGCAAGUCAUGGAUGAAGAAACAGUACCCAGUGAUAGAACAGUCUGAUGGACACAGCUGUGGGAUAUUCGUUCUGAUGGCUGCUGAUGCAAUUUUGUCGGAGACGUCUCCAAGCAUCAUGAGGAACUGUCACGUAGAGAAAUACAGGCUGUAUGUGCUUCAGAGGAUACUACAGUAUGCCAAGGCCAAGGGAGAUAUGCAGGGUGGAGGAAAUCACAUGAUGGCAGUUGAUGGACAGAGUAAUGUCACAAACGAAAUUCAAACUGUAACGCUGGAGACAAGAGAUGUACUGGAAAAUAUCUGUACAAUAUCAACAGAGCAAGGAGGUCCAACUAUUCAUGAAGAGGAUGGACAUGAAACACAUGAAGGAACCGACUCUGCUGUCGCCAGUGAUGAAAAUACAGAGGACUAUCCAUGUUUGGAUCAGCACUUGUUGCAUAAGCAGGAGAUGGCGUGCAUGUUAGUGGUUGCUUUGGCGGAGAAUAACCUGGAGGAGAGGAUGCUAUGGGCAGGGUCUGACACAGGGACUCGCGUGGAAAGAGAAACCUACAAAAAAUAUAUUGUUUGGGCACUUAAGGCUUUUGACAUCAAUGAAAAAGAAUACACUGAAAAUGUGAUGAAACCUAUUUUAUCCCAAUUAACGGGAUGCUGUCUCCAUCAUGAAGCAGGCUCAUAUAGAAUAAGAAAUCAUAAAGUAGCAAUAAAGCUAAGAGAAAUACUGCUACGUGAUGUUAGGCAGUUGGUUGAAAGGAUGGAUCUCGAGUUCAUAUUUCGUUAUGUGACAUUUAGAGAUGAUCCAACUGAAGAGGAACAACUAAAUGUGUCUUUCAACCUCGAAUUGAAACAUGAUGAUCUGCAUAUUGUAGCGAAGCGGUUUGCUACAGCUUUACACGGCAGAAAGUUUGCCUUUGUGUGCAUGCAUUCCCUAUUCCAGGUAGAGACAUUUGUUGAUAUGGUUUGGGAGAAAUUGUUGCAUAAUAUGAACAAGGACAGUUCUGUACUGUUGAAAGUAUUGUCAAAUAAUGACAUUGUACAUGGAUAUUCCUUUCUGUUUUGGGCGAGCAUCACAGACAACUCACAUUUGUUGAGGAGAGCAUUGUUCAGUGUUCAAUUGAAUGCAGAGAACAGAAAGGAAGCUUUGUUUGGAAGUUGCUUUGGGAAUAGUUUGGCCAACUUCGAUUACUUGUUUUCCAAUAAAAACUGGAAGUUGGAUAAGUUGUGGAUGACACUACCCAAACUCCCAAGACCUCUUAUCAUUAAACUGCAGUUGGCAGUUGCAGAUGAUCUGGGAGAAAAGUUUGGUAAAUGUUCACUUUUGGACAUUGCCUGUAUGGGUGGGUUGUCUGCAGUGGCUUCCAGAUUGUCACAUUUGAUAAAGAUGAGCAAGAAGAAAAACAGGUCAAGAAAGAAUACAUAUGUACAUUUUGCAUCCUUGUGCCUAAAGGGCAAAGAUACCAUGGAUACAAGUACAAAAAUUGGAAAACUGAAUGUCAAUAUAAAAGGCCCUGAAGGAUCAACACCUUUACAUUACGCAUGUGCAGUUGGAAAUGUUAGCAUUGUAAGCUAUCUGUUACAGGAAGUAGUGGACAUUGGUGAGCAAAACAAGAAGGGUGAAACUGGGCUUCAUUUGGCAUGUAUAUAUGGAAACGCAGAAGUUGUUACAAUGUUAUUAAAGAACAAGGGAAUAAUUCAUGUGAAAGAUAAUGCUGGCCGCACACCUCUACAUGAUGCAUCCAGGCAGGGACAUAGGGAGGUUGUGGAGGUGUUAUUACAGAACAAGACAAAUGUGGAUGAGAAAGAUAAGGAAGGCCGCACACCUCUACAUGAUGCAUCCUGGCAGGGACAUAAGGAGGUUGUGGAGCAGUUAUUACUGAACAAGGCAAAUGUGAAUGAGAAACGUCGAGAUGGCAGCACACCUCUACAUGAUGCAGCCUUGCAGGGACAUAGAGAGGUUGUGGAGGUGCAGCACACCUCUACAUGA